AUGUUUAACUCAAUCAAAUGGGACACCAUAUGGAAGCAAAAAGGUCCGAGAAGAUGGCAAUUCAUCCUUUGGUUUAUCAAGCAUAAUAAGCUGCUUACAAGUGCUGAAAAGGCUAGAAGACAUCUUCAAGAGGAUGCUUCCUGCAAUAUUUGUGGGGCUUGCACAGAAACAGCUCUUCACGCUGUUCGGGAUUGUGUCUGGAUCAAGAAAAUAUGGAAGGAGCUAGUUGUCUCACCCAAAUGGGAGCAAUUCUUUGAAAUGCCACUUGAGGAAUGGGUUGACUGGAAUCUAAAGGAUGGAAGAGCGGGAAAGCUUCAGACCAUCAGUUGGGUAGUUCUUUUUAAAUUAGUGGUCUAUUUUGCUUGGAGUGGGAGGAAUGAGUUCUGCAUCAAAGGUGAUGACAAGAAAACUCCAGGUGCUAGAGGGCUUCUACGAGAUAUUCUAGGAAGAUGGCAAGGAUAUCAACGAGUCAUCUUAGAAUUGGAUUCAGUGACCAGUAUAUCCCUUGUUCGAGGGAACGUACAGGACAGCACCCACCAUAACCUCAUUGCCCAAGUCAAGCAGGCUCUUCGCAGAGACGGGGAGUCUAAAAUAUCCCGUACAUGGAGGGAAGGGAACGUUUGUGCAGAUUAUCUGGCAAAGAAGAGCAUCAACAUGGAUUUGGUCUUCCAGAGACUACGGAACCCACCAGAUGAGCUGAUUGAGGGGUGA